AUGGUCCCAUCCGGUUUCAAAUCAAUCUCAGAUAUAAAUUAUUCGGCCCUGGAUUCUAUUUCAGUUAAUUUGGUUGGUUGUUAUGGAAAUCAUGCAUUGAUUGCAAAGCUCUUGUAUAAAGAACGUAUCAUCGACGAGAAAAUGCAAGUUAAUUAUAAUUAUAAGUCACCUACAGAAAAUGAAAACAGACCAUCUUUAAGUCCUGGAAUCUAUUUUCUCAUGAUGCCGUCACUAAACUUAGGUUUGAUUAUUCACUGGCAUGAAUCCAGGUGUUAUGAAGAAAAAAAUUUCAUCUCAAAAAAAGAGAAGAUGAUAAAUUUGCACAGUAAACUCACGGAUCAUCAGUUCUGUCUAACGGGUGAAUCUGACUUAAAAUGUUUUAUUUUGGAUUAUGAAAAUGAAGGGAAAGUUUGUUCUAAUGUAAAUUCCAUGACUAUCCAUUUGUCACAGCAAAUAAUUUCGGAAAUUCAAGAUGGAUAUCUACUACAAGGUAAUAAUUAUUUGCAAUCUUUCGAAAGCUAUUUAUUGAUGUUAGCAAGAAAAUUCAUAGUAAUCGAAUCAACAACCAGCCAGGCAUUAGUCGCCCAAAAGAAAAUUAAUACCGUAUCGGAAAUUAUUAAAAAUAUCGUUCCUAAAUACCCGUGCCGGUCUGAUAGUAAAGCAACUAUUGAGAAAUUGGAAGCAGAGUAUUCAAGUAUUAAAAAUAAAAUUGGAGAAGAAGAAUUCAACAGAAUUUAUAAUGAAAUAGAAAACAAAUUUUCUAAAGGGCAAACAUGA